CAUCUAGCAAAGAUCUACGCGAUGCACUGGGGUAGCGACUCCCGGAACCUGGUGUCGGCCUCGCAGGACGGCAAGCUGAUCGUGUGGGACUCGCACACCACCAACAAGGUGCACGCCAUCCCGCUGCGCUCGUCCUGGGUGAUGACGUGCGCGUACGCCCCGUCCGGUAACUUUGUGGCGUGCGGCGGUCUGGACAACAUCUGCUCGAUCUACAACCUGAAGACGCGCGAGGGCAACGUGCGCGUGUCCCGUGAGCUGCCCGGCCACACCGGCUACCUGUCGUGCUGCCGGUUUCUGGACGACAACCAGAUCGUGACCAGCUCGGGCGACAUGUCGUGCGGGUUGUGGGACAUCGAGACGGGCCAGCAGUGCACCUCGUUCCUGGGGCACACCGGCGACGUGAUGGCGCUCUCGCUGUCGCCCCAGUGCCGGGUGUUCGUGUCCGGGGCGUGUGACGCCUCGGCGAAGCUGUGGGACAUCCGCGAGGGCCAGUGCAAGCAGACAUUCCCGGGCCACGAGAGCGACAUCAACGCGGUCACCUUCUUCCCGAACGGGCACGCCUUCGCGACCGGUUCCGACGACGCCACCUGCCGGCUGUUCGACAUCCGGGCCGACCAGGAGCUGGCGAUGUACUCGCACGACAACAUCAUCUGCGGCAUCACGUCGGUCGCGUUCUCCAAGUCCGGCCGCCUGUUGCUGGCCGGCUACGACGACUUCAACUGCAACGUCUGGGACACGCUGAAGGCAGAACGGGCCGGCAUCCUGGCCGGCCACGACAAUCGGGUGUCCUGCUUAGGCGUCACGGAGAACGGUAUGGCCGUGGCGACCGGUUCCUGGGACUCCUUCCUGCGCGUCUGGAACUAA